AUGCAUCUGAAGCCGGAGCGAACACCUACCGAGGCCACUGUCCCCAAUAGGCUCACUCCUGUCGCUGAGAUGGCCUUUCUCGCUCUUAUGGGGAUUGUUAAAGCUGCUCAUCUCCUGCACGACCCUUCUCCGCACUCCGACGCUAUCAUCCGCGCCUGGCCCGGAGUCUUCAAGUGGAGUGUAUUUUUCUUCUCCGUCGACAUUCAGAGGCCCGGCGUUGAACAGGACGCUAAAUUUUUUAUGCAGGAUCUCAUCGCCGCGACUUGGUUCACUUUCACACGCGUGGACCGAAUUGCAGCGAUCAUGGCUGAGACACCCGGGGCUAUCGAACUCAUGACGGAGCUGUUCUUCCUGGAGGGCUCUAUCCCGCAGAUGUCGAUAGUCAACCAUCCGAACGCUGCUGCAACGCUUGAUUCCAUGCUGCACGAGGCCGAGGACGUUUGGGGCACACUUGACCGUGUGGUUGCCACCGCCAACGGAGAUGCGGAGAGAAUCGCUCGGGUGGCUCUGUCGCGGCUACGAACCGCCGUCAAUGGCCCAGGAUUUGAAACCCCCAUCGGCGGGGCGGCUUUGAAUCUUAUGUGUCGUCUUUGUAGGCGUCGCGGACACCCUUUGCUAUAUGCUUUCUUGCACCACAACGCCAUCGCCACGGUUACAAAGGUCGCUGCCUCUGCAGCAAGAUCAUACAUGAAAACGGGCAAUGAUGGGGUUAUCCCUGCACUGGUCGGCUCGUUCGGCUUCGUCGCGAACUGUCUUGAGUCCACAGAUGGCUUCACUUGGGUGACAAUCGCUAUGCAGUCAGGCUUAAUCCAGGCUUUCCUCGAAGUCAGUAUUCUCUUGCCGACGCUCCCGGUUGAGUGUGACAGGGAUAUGAUACUAGCCAUCUUCAAGGUUAUUCUCCCCAGAUAUCUGAUUUAUCGGUCCGUUAUUCAGGCCGUGGACGGAGCUAUGCAAAAGGUCGAGAGCAACCCUGCCAGCAAGUGGGUCUCGCAGACACCUGCUAAAGACGUGUGGCACAACUUCAAGCGCGUCGCUUUUGAACGUCGGGCACUUGUAGCAAACCUCACGGACACGAAGCACAAGGCCAUCACAAGCUGUGAUAACUCCAAGUGCCAAAAGGCGGAUUUUAGGAGCAAUUUCAGGAAGUGUUCUUCCUGCUACACGUCUUUGUAUUGCUCCAAGGAGUGUCAAACGAUCGCCUGGAAGGAGGGAGGUCACAAGAUAACCUGCAAGCUCAAAGUCCAAGAACGGUUAGGAAAGAACCAGUCCGUAUCAAAGAAUGACAUUGCUUUCUUCCACUCGGCGACAAUACGAGACAUCAGCUACAAUGUCCCCUUAUAUAAAGAGCUCGCAGAGAAGGAGUAUCCCGAUACACCCAUGACGAAACUAGUAGCUUGCAUCGACUACGACAGGCCCGAACCAAGGUAUUUUCUGCAGCCCCUUGCUGGCUUCGAGAACAAGCAGCCUUCCCUUGGAAGCUCAAAUAAUGCCGUGGCGCGGAAUGAAGCGCUGAUAGAGCGCGUGCAGACUAACGAAGGAAGAUACAGCCUUUUCCAGAGUUCCAUCGCUUAUGGCGAGACGUCGCGGCUGGUGCUGAGCAUGGUGAACGGGGAGUUUUGGAAGAUGGAGCCGCAGAUGCUGGAUGGCAUUUGGGGAGAAACUUGGAAAGAGGACGAGGAGGAAGGGCCUGAGCUUGAUAUAACCACGGCGAGAGUGAUCUUCAACGAGUAUCUGCGGCGCAGUGAGGACGAAGGAGCCCAGUGA